AUGAAAAUAUGGACAAUGAUUAUUGGAAUUGGAGUGCUACUAUUAAUAGUAGUCUUUAUUGAUUAUUCAUGGGCGUUAGUAGCAUUGUUGUUUGAGAAUUUCAAGUCAGUGGCUAUUCGUGAAUGGAGUAGUUCAUAUUCAGAAGAUUAUAAAAUAAACAUGAAAGAAGUUAUUCCACGUAUUAUUCAUCAAACGUGGAAAAAUGAGACAAUACCGGAAAAAUGGUCAGAUGCAUAUGAUCAUUGUAAAAAAUUGCAUCCAAAUUAUGAACAUAUAUUAUGGACUGAUGAAAAGGCACGUAAUUUCAUUGCACAAGAAUACCCGUGGUUUCUCCAGCAAUAUGACAAGUAUCCUUAUACAAUUCAGCGAGUUGAUUCACUUCGAUAUUUUAUUCUUGUUCGUUACGGAGGUAUAUAUAUUGAUCUUGACAUUGAAUGUCUUCAGCCCCUUGAUCCUUUACUUUCAUACAGCGCAUGGCUUCGCACAACGAAACCUACUGGUAUUUCAAAUGAUGUCAUGGGAUCUAUGCCAUAUCAUCCAUUUUUUCUUUAUGUUAUUAACCAUUUAAAAUCCGCCUCUCGAAAUUGGAUUUUUCCAUAUAUUACUGUUAUGGCAACAACAGGUCCUUUGUUUCUUUCUGUCAUGCUAGAAAAAUAUAUGCAUUAUUUGCCGUCAAAUACAAUUACAACAGAAUAUGUUCGUAUUAUUACAUCUGAUAUUUCAAAUCAAACAUUUAAGGAUUUUCAUGGUAGCACUUGGCAUCAUAAAGAUGCACAGUUUUUUUUUUGGCUUCAGCGUUAUUGGAUUUUUUUAACUAUCAGUAGUAUAAGUUCAAUAUUUUUUUGCAUUUUUUAUCUCAUUAAAAGAAAACAAAACCAAUAUUUAAAGCAUAGAAAAAAGGUAUGUUUUUAUAACGAAGAAUCAAUUUAG